AGUGUCAACGGAAAUCGUAGUUUAACCGUCAACAGUGUAGAAUUAAUAUAUAUGUGUAGUUUCAGUAUUGUUUUCAAAUAAUUGACUCGAUAAAAUGGAAAAUCCAUUAUGGGAACGGAUAUUAAUAGACUGGGUAAACUGUUUGAAACUUUCCAACCCCGUUCAAAAAUUAGAUGAUCUUAGAGAUGGUAUAUUUUUCAAUAAUCUUUAUAAAGUAAUUAAAAAAUCGGCAAAAAUCGAUUCUGACAUAUUGACCUGUAUCUUUGAUACCUUGAGUGAACAUUAUACUGAAUUUUUGAUUCCUAAUAAAUCAGUGAUACAUCUAAAUGAUCUUCCAAAGGAUGAUCUAUGUGCUAUAACUUCACUUUUGAUGCAUUAUACUUGUAUCCAUGACAGAAGGGAAGUAUUCACUUCUCCCCUAUGUUAUAACCUUCAAGAAAACACUCAAAUAAAAAUAAAAAAAUUUUUGGAGAGAAUACAAGAUUGUACAAAACUAAAUAACGCCGAUCUUGCCUCUAUAAUUCAGAAUUGUGCGGAUGAUACCAGUUGUGCAAAUUGGAUUUCAAGCCCUGUAAACAUUUCAUGUGUAAGCCCACUACAUGAUGUCUUACAGACUCCAGUUAAAAACAGUAAAAUUUUUGAAAGAGAAAAAGAAAUUAAUAGGUUAAAAGCUCAAAUAGAGCUUUUUCAAGAAGAAAAAGAGAGUCUUGAAAAGUAUUUAAAGAGUCAAAUAGAAAUGAGAAAGAAACUUGAAAAACAACUGUCUCAAAAAACAUUAGAAAUAUCAAAUCUAAGAAGUGAAGUUCUCGAAUUAGAGGACAGAACACCACCACAUUAUAGAGACAGAGAUUUCAGGGAAAUGCAAAAGAUACUUAGAACUAAAGUUGAUAGUUUGGAACAAAUCUUGGAACAAAGUGACAAGGAGAAUCUUGAACUUCGAGAAGAAAGGGACAAAGAGAAAGCGCAAGUAAAACAACUGGAAAGUCGUUGUGAAGUUUGGUUAGAAAAAUUUAUUGAUGCAGAGAAGAACUUAGAAUCCAUGAGUGAAAAUUACAAGGAACAGUUAAUAAAAAAUGAAAAUCUUCAGGCACAUUGUUUGGAACUUGAAACUCUUCUUGAAGAACUAAAACCAAAGUCUAAUAAUGAUAGUUAUAUAGAAGAAAGUUUUCAAAAUUCAUUUCGUGGGUCUAAAGGUUAUGAUAUACAAAGUGAAGAUCUUGCUAAGUCUGUUGUAGAUGUUCAGUUAAAAGAGCUGCAAAAAGAAAAUGAUAAUCUGAAAAUAGAUUUAAGGGAAUUGAAAACAGCUUUAACGGAAAAAAAAUUGGUUGAGGAAGAUUUAAAAUGUGCUCUUUUGAAAUUAGAAGAAACUACUGUUAAGAUUAAUGAUUUGGAGAUUAAUUGUAACAAAAAAACAAAGAAAAUUGAAGAAUUAUCAAUGUUGCAAAAUGAAACUGAAAAUCAAAAAUUGCAAUUGACAGAAUACCUGACAGAAUGUAACUCUAUUAAAGAUAAGUUAUCAAUUGAUUUGAAAAACUUGAAGGAAAAAUUGAAAAAUGUAAAUGAUGCAAAUGCAGUACUGUCUGAAGAAUUGAUAGAAACAAGAGAAAAUAGAGACAAAUUUAAUGAAAUGAGGAUCGAUUUAAAAGCAAAACUAGAAGAGAUCAUGUCAGACAAAUGUAAACUGUCUGAUGACUUGAAUAUUUUGGUAGAUAAAAACAAAAAUCUAGAAUUCACUUGUAAUAACAUACAAGCUGAAAAUAAUAAAUUGAUAGAAGACAUAAGUAUUAGAGAAGCUCUAAAUAAUGAGCUUAAAAUCAAAAUUGAUCAAUUAUCUGAAGAAAUUAAAACACUGAAUACAGUAAAUGAAGAAAUUCUUGAGAAGCUUAAGACCACUGAUGAUAAAUUGUUGGUUUCUGAAAAUUCAUUAAAAACAGCAUUAAAGGAAAAACAUUUGGUUGAGGAAGAUUUAAAAUGUGCUCUUUUGAAAUUAGAAGUAGCUACAAAUAAAAUCAAUGAUUUACAAAUUGAAUUAAACAAUAGAACAAAAAAAAUUGAAGAAUUAUCAGUGUUGCAAAAUGAAACUGAAAAUCAGAAAUUACAAUUGGCAGAAUACCUGACAGAAUGUAACUCUAUUAAAGAUAAAUUGUUAAUUGAUUUAAACAAAUUGAGGGAAACAUUGAAAAAUGUAAAUGAUGCAAAUGCAGAGCUGUCGGGAAAACUAAUAGAAACUGAAAAGGAUAGAGACAAAUUUAAUGAGAUACAAAUCGAGUUAAAAUCAAAAUUAGAUGAAGUCAUCAAGGAUAAUUUAAACAAAGCAGUAGAUUUGGAGAAGAUUAUGUCAGACAAAUGUAAACUGUCUGAUGACUUGAAUAUUUUGGUAGAUAAAAACAAAAAUCUAGAAUUCACUUGUAAUAAUAUACAAGCUGAAAAUAAUAAAUUGAUAGAAGACAUAAGUAUUAGAGAAGCUCUAAAUAAUGAGCUUAAAAUCAAAAUUGAUAAAUUGUCUGAAGAAAUUAAAACACUGAAUACAGUAAAUGAAGAAAUUCUUGAGAAGCUAAAGAUCACUGAUGAUAAAUUGUUGGUUUCUGAAAAUUCAUUAAAAACAGCAUUAAAGGAAAAACAUUUGGUUGAGGAAGAUUUAAAAUGUGCUCUUUUGAAAUUAGAAGUAGCUACCAAUAAAAUCAAUAGUUUACAGAUUGAAUUAAACAAUAGAACAAAAAAAAUUGAAGAAUUAUCAGUGUUGCAAAAUGAAACUGAAAAUCAGAAAUUACAAUUGGCAGAAUACCUGACAGAAUGUAACUCUAUUAAAGAUAAAUUGUCAAUUGAUUUAAACAAAUUGAGGGAAACAUUGAAAAAUGUAAAUGAUGCAAAUGCAGAACUGUCGGGAAAACUAAUAGAAACUGAAAAGGAUAGAGACAAAUUUAAUGAGAUACAAAUCGAGUUAAAAUCAAAAUUAGAUGAAGUCAUCAAGGAUAAUUUAAACAAAGCAGUAGAUUUGGAGAAGAUUAUGUCAGACAAAUGUAAACUGUCUGAUGACUUGAAUAUUUUGGUAGAUAAAAACAAAAAUCUAGAAUUCACUUGUAAUAAUAUACAAGCUGAAAAUAAUAAAUUGACAGAAGACAUAAGUAUUAGAGAAGCUCUAAAUAAUGAGCUUAAAAUCAAAAUUGAUCAAUUGUCUGAUGAAAUUAAAACACUGAAUACAGUAAAUGAAGAAAUUCUUGAGAAGCUAAAGACCACUGAUGAUAAAUUGUUGGUUUCUGAAAAUUCAUUAAAAACAGCAUUAAAGGAAAAACAUUUGGUUGAGGAAGAUUUAAAAUGUGCUCUUUUGAAAUUAGAAGUAGCUACCAAUAAAAUCAAUGAUUUACAGAUUGAAUUAUACAAUAGAACAAAAAAAAUUGAAGAAUUCUCAGUGUUGCAAAAUGAAACUGAAAAUCAGAAAUUACAAUUGGCAGAAUACCUGACAGAAUGUAACUCUAUUAAAGAUAAAUUGUCAAUUGAUUUAAACAAAUUGAGGGAAACAUUGAAAAAUGUAAAUGAUGCAAAUGCAGAACUGUCGGGAAAACUAAUAGAAACUGAAAAGGAUAGAGACAAAUUUAAUGAGAUACAAAUCGAGUUAAAAUCAAAAUUAGAUGAAGUCAUCAAGGAUAAUUUAAACAAAGCAGUAGAUUUGGAGAAGAUUAUGUCAGACAAAUGUAAACUGUCUGAUGACUUGAAUAUUUUGGUAGAUAAAAACAAAAAUCUAGAAUUCACUUGUAAUAAUAUACAAGCUGAAAAUAAUAAAUUGAUAGAAGACAUAAGUAUUAGAGAAGCUCUAAAUAAUGAGCUUAAAAUCAAAAUUGAUAAAUUGUCUGAAGAAAUUAAAACACUGAAUACAGUAAAUGAAGAAAUUCUUGAGAAGCUAAAGAUCACUGAUGAUAAAUUGUUGGUUUCUGAAAAUUCAUUAAAAACAGCAUUAAAGGAAAAACAUUUGGUUGAGGAAGAUUUAAAAUGUGCUCUUUUGAAAUUAGAAGUAGCUACCAAUAAAAUCAAUAGUUUACAGAUUGAAUUAAACAAUAGAACAAAAAAAAUUGAAGAAUUAUCAGUGUUGCAAAAUGAAACUGAAAAUCAGAAAUUACAAUUGGCAGAAUACCUGACAGAAUGUAACUCUAUUAAAGAUAAAUUGUUAAUUGAUUUAAACAAAUUGAGGGAAACAUUGAAAAAUGUAAAUGAUGCAAAUGCAGAGCUGUCGGGAAAACUAAUAGAAACUGAAAAGGAUAGAGACAAAUUUAAUGAGAUACAAAUCGAGUUAAAAGCAAAAUUAGAUGAAGUCAUCAAGGAUAAUUUAAAUAAAGCAGUAGAUUUGGAGAAGAUUGUGUCAGACAAAUGUAAACUGUCUGAUGACUUGAUUAUUUUGGUAGAUAAAAACAAAAAUCUAGAAUUCACUUGUAAUAACAUACAAGCUGAGAAUAAUAAAUUGAUAGAAAAUAUAAGUAUUAGAGAAGCUCUAAAUAAUGAGCUUAAAAUCAAAAUUGAUCAAUUGUCUGAUGAAAUUAAAAUACUGAAUACAGUAAAUGAAGAAAUUCUUGAGAAGUUAAAGACCACUGAUGAUAAAUUGUUGGUUUCUGACAAUUCAUUGAAAACCGCGUUAAAAGAGAAAAAUCUUGCGUGUGAAGAAUUAGAUACUACUAAAAUGGAAUUUAAUAAAAUAUCUAAUGAGUAUCAAUUAAACAAAGAGAAAAAUUUCAAUGAAGUACAAAAAUUGAAAUUGGACAUGGAUAAACUCAUUUUUGAAAAAUCUAAAUUAGAAGAUUCCCUUGAAAAGGUAUUAGAAGAAAAAAAAAUUAUUUUUGAUUUUCUGGAUUUGAAUAACAGUGAAUUGCAAAAAGCUCUACAAGAAAAAGAUGUGAUUUUAGAAGCACUUGAACUCAGCAAUAAUGAGAUGAGUAUUGUGCAAGCAGAAAAAGAAACAUUACUAAAAGAAAUUGAAAAGUUAACACUAGUUAAAAACGAAUUUUCGGAACAGUUGGACAAAGUUUCACAGGAAAAUGUUGAUAUAACUGAAAAAAAUAAAAAUAAUGCUAAACAAGUUGAAGACUUAUCAGAUAAAGUUAAACAGCUAACAGAAGAAAAUACACACCUUUUAGGAAGAUUUAUGUCUAUAUCUACUGAUUUAGAAGAAAAAUCUGCAACUAUCGAAUUUCUAGAAGAAUCCUGUAAUACAUUGAAACAAGAAGUAGAAGAAAAAUCAGAGCUUUUAGAAAAAAUGUCAGAAGAGCAUAAAGACAUUUUUGAUAUUGUUGAUAGACUUUCGCAAGAAAAAAAUGAAAUGAAAGAUACUAUAGACUCACUCUCUGAAGAAAAAAUGCAGCUAAUUAAAAAUGUGACUGAUUUAAUUGAGGAAAAGAAUAAGCUUAUUGACUGUUUAGAUCUAACAGAUAAAGAACUUCAAAAAGUCAAGAAAGAUAGAGAUGAUUUAUCAGAUCGGUAUACUAAAUUAAUUAAGGAAAAUGAGACUAAUUUAUUAUUUGCACAUCAAAGUGCUGUAGGAGUGAAAAAUGAUCUUUUGAAGAGGAUAGAAAUUGCCGAAGCAGAAAAGGAAAUUAUAAGAAAACAAAUGGAAUACGAUACUAAAAAUGUACAAGAUUCUUAUGUUUCGGUGGUACAAGCCAAUUCAAAGUUGGAAUUAGAUAUUCUUAACUUACGAAAGAAAUUAGAAGAAAAAAAUCAGAAGAUAAACGAGUUUGCUCAAAUUAAAGAAGCAUACGAAAAGUUAUUGGAAGAAAAUAAUAGACUUUCGACUGAUGUUGACACAAUAAAGUACAAGAGAUCCAGAGAUAGAGAAGAAUUUGUGAUUUUACUGAAAAAAGAGCGAGAAGAAGGUAUCACAAGAGAAAACAGAAAGGUCAAGGAAGUGAUUUUCGAAUAUGAAAAAAAAUUGGAAAAGAUGAAAGAAAAAAUGAUAAAAUUAUAUAGUGAAGAAGUCAGCAAGGAAAUUAUGAAAGUUAAAGCACAACAAAGUGAAAGUAAGUUCCUUGGGGAAAUGAAAGAAGACAUUAGAAAAGGGGUAAUUAGAACACAACAAAAACCCCAUAUGUUAGAAACUCAGCAAGAUAUGUUGAGAUCCAAAUCCAUCUACACUUCCAGAGAGUCUUUAAUGUCUUCAAAGAUUAGUAAUUCUAAUCGAGGUAGUGUAACAUCCCUAAGGUCGAUAGGAAAUAUGGCUGAAAGUAGAGUGGACCAUUCGCAAGCAGUUAAAAAGGUGAAAAGCACAUCUGUAUUACACAGUAACGACAAUGCAUGUGCAAGGAAAUCAGCAACAUUACCUCGAGCGAUUACUCGGAUUCAAGAAACUGUUACAGUGUCCAAAACAACUUCGACAAAUGUACCAAAUAUUGAAAUGGAAGAUGAAGAUGAUGAUUUUAAUAAUAAAUAUUUGACAGAUUUGAAAGCUGGACGUUGCGUCAUAGGUGAAAAUGGAAAAGAAUCGAUCGGAAGGUUUUCUGAGUUGGCGUGGAGAAAUUCGAUGUUACCGCCACAUUUGAAAUCGUCAUAUCCAGCCGAAACACAAUUCGUUAGCCCUUCCAAGUUCCGAGAAGAUGAUCUAAAGGUGGGUAAUAUUGAAUUAAAUGAUAGUCUCAGUAAAUUACUUCCUGGUGAAAAACCUCGCCAAAAGAAAGAUUUUGGUACAACUACUUACAAAAAACCAGGUCCACCGACACCAAGUAAAAACGGAGGGAGGUUGUCUCUUCAAGGAAAUGAAGUUCAACCAUUACCAUUGAGAGAACAAAAUGAAAGAACACCGAAAAAACUUACUCCUAGUAGAAUUAGAUCACUUUUUAUGGGAAAGAGUAAUAUCAAGGAUAAUUCUGAGAAUCAACCAGUUACUCCAUCGAAACGAUUAAGCAUUUUCCGAAAACAACGUUAAGUAUUAUUGGAUUCCAUACAAUUUGUUUUAUAGUUUUUUAAUAAAUAACUUAUAUAAUUAUAUUCUUGAUCACAUUUAAUAUUUUUAAAACCUAAAAAGUUCAAUCCUCAACUUUCCCAGUCCGCUUCAGUUGUCUACAGUUAUUUCCUCCUUCAUUUGAUACCGGAAUUUCGGAUAGUCUUUGAUGGAGAUGCCGUCAUAGAUGACCGUGUCCGGUUACACGACCAGUUACCAGUCGUAAA